AUGGCGACAUCGAGACCCAAAGAUAUUGAGCCCGAGAACCUCAGAUUUGAGUUCCUUCUUCGUCAUGUCGAUGAUGAACCCUCGAUUGCCGAUGCACGGUCUCUCACCGAAGCUAUUCGAAAAUGCAUCCAUACCGCCGUGAACUUUGCGGUGGUUGGUGAAGUCGGAGGUUCCACCAGGCUUCUUGAAACACUUACGAGCAGAGGUCACGAUCCAUUCCAAUACUCCGAUUCCGAAUAUCCUUUCUUGAAGCCUUGCAUGUUUUUCGCCUGGGAGGCAACGUCGUCUUGGCCUUCUUGGGUGCCUGAGGAGGAACGCACAGAAGAAAAGCUUCAAGAGCUUGAGAUCGAAGGAAGUAAGAAUUGGCUUGAGCGAUUCAGUCAGGAAUGGGAGGUGACAGAAGAAACUGCCGAAAGGGCCUUAGACAUGGCGUAUAACGGGCUGACUACGAACCUACCCGACUACAAUGGAACGCUCGCCGGACAGGUCAUACAGGCAGAAACAAUGACCGCCAACGGUGACUUCUCAUAUUCAGCCAGUCCAAACGGUCCGAUGGCUAUCAGAUACAUGAAGAUAGCCAUGUGGUGGCGUCAAGGCAUUUUUCCUUACCCAUUUGUUCAGCUGUACCGCACCGCUGGGUUGAUGAUUGCUCUGGAUAUAUACCUACGUCUUGGCAAAGACGAAAAGGCUCGGGAGCUAUUUAUGAAAGUUUGUGAUCGUUUUCAUACGGAAGAACAAGUUGAGCAGCUCUCCUGCUCUCGAGCCGCGUGGAAGCAGAUCCUUGCUGUUCCCGAGCGGCCCCUUCUGGACUUUCUCAACAUUCACGCAGCCAAGCUCCGGCCAGCCGUAACUCGUGCCUGUCAAAUGGCCGAGGACCGUCUGCAGAAUGGACCCAGACGCAGAUAUGCAGGCCAGUCUAUUGAGAAGCUGGUCCAUAUCAUCAGCGAGAAUACGUUCAAAAACUGCCCCUACGACAGGUUGGAUGCCUAUCGUCCGUAUGGUAACCUCCGGAAUCGACCCAAGGAUACAGAUGGCCUACUUAGACGGGGAUGUACCGUUUCGGGUAUACGAGCUCUUGAAGAACGACUGGGUGUGACUCUUCCCGACGACUAUAAAGAGUUCCUCAGCAUCACUAAUGGUCUUGAUUCAAUGUGGGAUGGCCAGAAUCUUGUAGACUACCUGGCUGGUGCUCAGGAGAUCAAUUGGCAAGAGAUCGACUUCCUCGAAGGCAAUGAACUUCCGCUGCUGAAUGACGGUGAGCCACUAGCAUGGACGAAGAACAUCCUGGAAUGGCCAACGAUCGCAAAGCCUAGGUGUAUCUGUCUCUCGGGCGAUAUAAACCACGAAGAAAGGGCUGGCCAUUUCUUCCUCAUAGGCCAGGAUCUUCUUCAGCCAGCCAAAGAUUAUUUUUUCAAGACAUACGAGGAAAGGAAUGACACUCAACGUCGUGAGCUUGACCGACUUGUUCAAGAGACAUACGGGAGCAUGGAAACUUUCAGGAAUCUCGAAUGGGCACUGAUUAGUUGGACUGCAUGGGACUUUACUGUCUACCCGUAUAAUGGACUGCGAGAUUUCUUGGAACAGAUGGCUGAGGCGUCUUUGCGGCAGGAGAGGCCUUGGCUGAAUAUGUUUGAGCCGAGAUUUAGAAAGAUGGCAAACGCGUGA